GUGCAAAUUGUUUUGAUAACUUUACCCUGCGUGGGCUCCUUAAGGGGAUUGAGUAAAGGUGGCAGCAUUUUUUCUAGAUCAAAACAAAAACAUGGAGUGACUUGUAGUUUGUGUAAAGGACACCUGAUGCAAAAAUGGCUUCGCUGCCGUCUCCUUCGGGGUUUAGCCUGAUGGUGCAUGCGAAGACAAAGAAAAAUAAUGCACUAGAAUGUGGAAUCUGUGAGGAUGUUUUCAUGCUGCAUGGAGACAAAGUACCAAGACUGUUGUCAUGUGGGCACUCAUUGUGUCAUGAAUGUCUGUCCAAACUGUCAGUAAGAGGACAAGUGUUGUUGUGCCCAUUUGACAGGGAACCAACCAAUGUUGGCGACUCUGGCAUUUGGGGCCUGAAGAAAAAUUUUGCUCUCCUGGACUUACUUGAGAGGCUUCAACUUGAACGAAAAGAGCAUGAAACAUCACAUGAUGAUGAUGAGGAAGCAAAGGAGAAGAUCCGAUGUGAUGAAAAUGAGAAACAUUUAGCUUCAAUAUAUUGUCUUGUAUGUUCAACCCAUCUUUGUGAAGAAUGCUCAAAAAACACACACUCAACAAAAACACUGUCAAAGCAUAAAAGAGUUCCACUAUGUGAGAAGCCUAAAGGAAAUCCACCAUGUCCAUUUCAUCCAAGUCAUGUUCUGGAAUUCACAUGCUUAGAAGAAGGCUGCAGAGAAACUCCUCUUAUGUGUUACAUUUGCAAAGAUUAUGGAAGACAUCAAGGACAUAAACAUUCAUUAUUAGAAACUGAAGCAGAAAGAGUGAGAUCUUCUGUUCAAAGUGCUAUUAAACAUGUCAAAAAAUUUUAUAAUGAGGUAUCUGACUACACAAGAAGGCUUGUGAAGGUUAUUAAUGAAAUCGAAGGGAGUGUAAUUGUGAGGGAAGAUGAAUCAGGUAUGUUUGUAUCUGAUACUGUUCUUGGAAGUGCAGAAGAUGCAAGAAUUAGAGUGAGGGCCUACUUUGAUGACUUAAGGGAUACAAUCAAUAAGCAAGAAGAGGCUGGCCUGUCAGUAGUGAAUAAUUAUGUUCGUGAAAAGUUAUGCUCACUUAGGCAGCAGCAAGAAGAUAUUGCAGUUUUCAUGUCUCAGAUGUCAGCAGUUUGUGCAGACUGCGAAACUUCAGUUCAAAAGAAUGAUGCUGAGGUGAUUCAAGCUCGAACUGGUGUGCUUAAUUUGUUGGGCACUGUGCAGGAGCAACAGCGACAGUUUGUUGAUUUGGCUGAGCUAUGCAAUGAAGGAUCAAGCAUACCAGUUGCAUUUACAAAAGAUAAUAGGGUGCACAUAGGCCCAAAAAUGGAGAUGCGGGUUGUCGCUUUGGGACUGGACAAUGCUGGAAAGACAUCCAUACUAUUUAAAUUAAAGCAAGACGAAUUUGUCUCCACCAUAACCACCAUCGGAUUCAAUGUUGAAGUUAUUGAGCACAAGAGUAUGAAAUUCACUAUAUGGGAUGUUGGUGGGCUUCAGAAAUUACGACCAUUGUGGAGACAUUAUUACCUGAAUACGCAAGCUGUCAUAUUUGUCGUGGACAGUGCUAACAGAGAAAGAAUAAACGAAGCUCACGAAGAACUUGCAAAGCUGAUGGCGGAAAAGAGGCUGAAAGAUGCCUUGAUUCUCGUGUUUGCGAAUAAACAGGACGUUGCCACUUCGCUUGGUGUUGAGGAACUUUCUGAAAGACUUGGUUUGCAUAAACUAUGUUGUGGAAGAAGCUGGAACAUUUUAGGCUCCGAUGCUCACAGCGGAAAAGGCUUACAAGAAGGACUUGACUGGAUGGCGCGGCAACUGAUGUCCGAAUUUGCUUCGUAAUUCAUAACAAUUAUUUAAAUUUAUUUAAUAUUUUGUAGACAUAUAGUAAAUUUAAACCAGUACAAGGGCAGUUUUUAACAGCCAGAAUGCAGAAACAAAACUUUAGUACAGAA